GCUGCCUUCAUCUCGUAUCUCGAGGUUCAUCGAGCAAGUUUCGUUAAUUAAGCUUAUUUUUCGUAAAAAUAAACCAAAUAUUUAUUAUCAUCAUUAUUAGAUAAAAGUUAUCUUAUCUGUUUACAUAACAACAUGAUUUGGCAGAGUUCAUUUUACUUGGAAAGGAUAUUUACUUAAGGAAGAUUUGUUUCCUUUAUAUUAUCUUAACAUUAAACAUUUUCCUCCUAACGCCAAAAUGUUUCAGACAGGUGUUUUGAUAUUAACUUCCCCAGCUCAUCACAUUAUAAACAAAGUAAGUACCUAUUUAGCGUCAGCUAAGCAGCUUAUAAGCAACAGAUUAUAUAUCAAAAUCGAGCCUAAUUUUAAUCAGUUUCGUAAUCAAACUAAAAUACCUAUUUCGCCUGCAUCAGAAUAUCAAUUAUUACUCAAUUUAAUUCCUACAAUUUAUGCUCAAGCUUCAAAAGCAUGUUCACAUUUAGAUGUCAGAGUGCUACAGACAUUUGCCAAAACAACAAAUCCUGUUGAGAAUGUAUCUACUAAACUGGAUAUCAUUCUUAUAGACAACCUUGUAAAGACAGAAGAUGUUAGCAGUUAUUUUAAACAGAGUUUCUCUACUGAGUGUUCCAUUAUACGCCACUUGAACGUUAACGAUUCCAAUUCUACCUCCGCGGAUGAAUAUUCCAAGUAUUUUAAUGACGAGGGACCCGUCGAGAUGUAUGGAAAGACCGUGCUGGGAGGCACUUUUGAUCAUCUUCAUAACGGACACAAAAUAUUUUUAAGUGCCGCUGUUCUUCGUACAAAACGGCAACUGGUGGUCGGAGUUACUGAUGGAGCCAUGUUAAAGAAUAUUGAAGUCAUAAUAUNUAAUUUUUAUUAUAUAAUAAUGUAUAAAAUAAAAAAAAAUUUAUAUAUUUUACUUAAAAAACAGAAUAUGCCAGAGUUGCAAAUAUAUAAAAUUCCUGUUUUAAGUGAUCCAGAAAGGAAUGCUUUUGAGGAACUCAAAAUUAGUUCAUCAUCACUUCGUAUGAGAUCACUUGGAACAUUAAUACAGUAUCCAAAGCCAAAACCUCAUCUGCUUAAUUCUCCAUAUAUAAUUGGUGUCACAGGAGGAAUAGCCAGUGGAAAAUCUGCAAUUGUGAAGCACUUACAGCAGUUGGGAGCUGCAGUAGUCGAUUGUGAUCGUCUCAGCCACAAGAGUUAUGAACCUAAGUCAAAAUUAUAUAAUCAGAUAGUUGAAGAAUUUGGAAAGGACAUAGUCAAUUCGGAUGGUUUUAUAAAUCGUAAAUCACUGGGUGCAAAAGUAUUUGGAAAUGAGAAUCUUAGAAGAAAGUUAAAUAAUCUAGUGUGGCCUGAGGUUAUACGAAUGGCUGAUGAGGAAAUUAAACAACAUGCAAAGAAAGGAGUAUCCAUUAUUGUAAUGGAAGUGGCUCUUUUAUUGGAAGCAGGAUGGGAAGAUAAAGUGCACCAAGUCUGGGUUUGCAUUAUUCCCGAAAAAGAGGCAAUAAAGAGAAUUAGGGAACGAGACGGUUUGUCGGAAGAGCAGGCUUUACAGAGAAUAAAUUCUCAAAUGUCAAACAAGGAGAGGGUGGAUAGAGCAAAUGUGAUAUUUUGUAGUUUUUGGGAGCCAGAAUAUACUAUAUCACAGGUAAAUAAAGCAUGGGACCAGUUACAAAAAUUUUUGACUUCAUAAUGUAAUUAAAGAUAGUAAUAUAUAGAAUUUUUAAAGUUAAUUAUUGGGAUUAUAUUCUGAAAGUCUACAUUGUUUUUGGGAUAUAUACAUAUUUGAUGAAAAAAUUGUGAGAAUCAAAUGUUUUGUAUUUUUUUUUUUUUUUGUUUGUUUGUUUGUUUUGAGACUGGACAAAUUACCAAAAUGUGUAUAUUGAACUAAUAUAUCAUAAAAUGGCAAUUUAAAAUAUUUGUAUAUUUAUAAGAUGUUAUUUAUAGUUAUGAAAGAAAUAAAG